AUGGGUGGCGCUAUCCUGUGCAACAGAUGCUGCGAGAAGGAUGAGAGAGAGCGCAGCCUGGUAGACGAGUCGAACGCCUUGCAGAUCUUCGGCGAAGACUUCCCAUCGCUGUCUUUGCCGCCGAUAAUACCACAGAGGUCGAGCAAAGACCUAAAUCAGUCGCUGUCGCCAUCGCCGAAGUCCAAGACAUUGGCCUUGACACCCACAUCGCGGACUCCGAAAACACCGCGAACACCCAAAGUCGAGCAGGGCAACAUCGAAGACGAAGAAGAUGGCGAAGGGGGAUCAUCUGAGCUGGAGCUGGUGGAGGGCCCAAUCGUCAUCGACGAGUACUUCGACUUUUACGACCCCUACACGAAGCGGGCCGAGGUUCUGCCAUUGACUGAAGAAGUUAAGCACCAGCGGCCGGCGUCAGGUUUGGCGCACAGGAUUGACAUUGGAGACCAAUGUUCAGACUGUUCGCCACUUGACGCCCUGACCCCAAAGACGAGAGCUCGCUGUGAGGUCGAGGUCUUGACCAAGUGGGGUGUCAUAGCGGGCAAGCUUAUUUUCUCGCGAGUGCUGACCCUCACCACGAUGAGCAGCAUCUACGUAAUUCGUGCACAGCAGGCCAGGGUGGAAAAGAACUCGCGAGUUUGGAGGCGAAUCGAAGGAAGAGCGCGAAGGGUCGUCAGUCAGGCCGCCCACCUUGCGGCUCGCGUGAUAGAAGAGCCAGGGGACACGCUGCACAACCAAUGGCGCCUCGCCCAAGGAGGGGCCUUGUCUGAGCUUUUCACGACAGAAUACGUUGACACUUUGAUGAUAUUGGCGAAAGCCACCUCGAAGCUGGUGGCUGUUCAGCCGGUCCUCGUCGAGGCCAGAGUUCCUUGCCGAGUCUUUGGUGACAUCCAUGGUCAACUCCGGGAUCUGCUUCUGAUCUUCGCCGCCUUCGGUUUUCCUGGAAGCAAAGAGGACAAUUUGAAUGACCUCGAAAUGUCUUAUGUUUUCAACGGCGACUUCGUUGACAGGGGAGCGCACUCCCUGGAAGUCAUUGGACUGUUGCUGGCCUUGAAAGUCUCAAUGCCGGACCGUGUUUGGCUGGUUCGUGGAAACCACGAGGAUCGCACCAUGAAUGCCAGAUACGGCUUCUGGGAGGAAUGUCACGAUCGGCUUGGCGACACAUUCGGCCGCAAAACUUAUGACCUUUUUCAGACCACAUUUGACCAGCUACCGAUCGCUUGCCUCGUCGCCAACAAGAUCCUCUGUGUGCACGGAGGUGUGGGGGAUGGGAGGUGGGAUCUUAAUGACCUACGAGCUGUCAGACGACCUUUGAGCCAACAGGAGCUUUGUUCGACGAAGCUGCGUUGGGUCCACAACAUUCUCUGGUCAGAUCCAAUCGAGGAUGAUCGUGAACAGCGAUCUCAAGAAGCAGGCCCUGUCUUCGGGGUGCAUGAAUCGCCACGGAACACAACUGCCGUCCUCUUCGGUUGGGAUGUAACAAAGACAUUCUGUGCCAAGAACGGUAUCAACAUGGUCGUGCGCAGCCACCAGUCCAAGAAGGAUGGAAUAGGUGUUGAUGUGAUGCAUGACAACAUGCUGAUCCGGGUGUUCUCAGCACGCGAUUACGAGGGCCACGGAAACGAUGGCGCAGUCCUCCUCGUACAGCCAACCGACGAGGGAGAUGCGCAAUGCUGUGAUCGGCCAGAACAGAUCAUGGUGAGAGCACAGGUUCUUGGAUCGUUCGCCAAGGCGACGGCCAAUGCCAGCCGUGGAGCUCUUUACCACCUCAAUGUGUCACAGGACAGCGGGCAUUGA